AACUAUAGGAGCUGAGCUUUGUUAGCAGAAAAUUAGAUGGUGAUAGAUAAGACAUGCACAAAGAGGCUUCCUCUGAGGAACUCAUGGCAAAAGAGAGAGAGAGAGGGAGAGAGACUGGGAGCCAAAAGUCCCUUUGGAGAAAGAAAGAAAUUUCCUCCCCCUGUGUCUUUAAGAUUUGUGGGGUUGUGGUUUUUAAUUGUUGUUUCUGGCUCCCGGCUGAGGAGCUGCAUGGUUUUUCUGUGUGAUACUGAAAGCCAGAAGACAGAUUUUUUUUUUUCUCCUUCCAGGAUGGCAGCCUGCUGCAGCUUGGAGAGCGUGUGUGAAUUCGAAACCAACAAAGUAUUACGCAUCUACAGCUUUCGGUUGGGGAGCCUAAAGUGGACAAUCCAUUUUCUGGUUUUCUUCUAUGUUAGUAUCACCCUGCUGGUUGAUCGGCGCUAUCAGAAGAGAGAUUCGGUCAUCAGCUCGGUGCACGUGAAGGUAAAGGGGGUGUCCCAGACUGACAGAAGGGUUUGGGAUACAGCCGAAUACACCAUCCCUGGGCAGGGUGUGAAUUCCUUUUUUGUACUGACUAACAUCAUCAGAACUGAAAAUCAGGUCCAAGGACUUUGCGCCGAGUUUCCUCUCCCCAAAGCAGUGUGUACUACAAACAAAAGCUGUAUGAAAGGACGUGUAGAUCCACAGGGCAUCCAGACGGGCAAGUGUGUGAAUUACAACAGCACCGUCAACACGUGCGAAGUCUCCGCUUGGUGUCCCGUGGAGUCGACCAAAACUGCCCCAACGCCAGCUGUUCUGGACAGCGCUGAGAAUUUCACCGUGCUUAUAAAAAACAACAUCCACUUCCCACAAUUUAAUUAUACAACAAGAAAUAUUCCCCCGGAAUUCAAUAUUUCCUGUGUAUACAGCAAACACAAAGCCUCACUUUGCCCAAUUUUCCGUCUGGGAGAUAUUCUUAAAGAGGCAGGAGAGAAGUUUUCAGAGCUGGCCAUUCAGGGAGGCAUCAUCGGCAUCGAAAUUAACUGGGAUUGCAAUCUAGAUAAAUGGAUGCACCGUUGUAGUCCCAACUACAGUUUCCGGCGCCUGGAUGACAAACGAACCAAUGAGGCCUUGUACCCAGGCUACAACUUUAGAUUUGCCAGGUAUUACAAGCAGCCGGGUGGACGGGAGGAAAGGACCCUGAUCAAAGCGUACGGCAUCCGUUUCGACAUCCUCAUCUUUGGCACGGCUGGGAAGUUCAGCUUCAUUGACUUGGUGGUGUACAUUGGCUCAGCGCUGUCCUACUUCGGCCUGGCUCAGCUAGCUGUGGAUUGUGUGCUCACUUCCUAUACGUCCAAAUCUCAACCAGUGAAGGAGUAUUAUUCCAAUAAAAAGUGUCAGACGGUGCUGGGACCAAGAUGGACUUUGUUUUACGUGACCUUUGUUGAUGAGUGCAACAUCCUAAUGAUCGACGAAUAUUUGAAGACCAGUUUACAGAACAUCAAGGGCAGGAUCAUGGACAAAUGCCAAAGCGAUUUCACGCAGUCUUCCCAAUUUCCAUAUUCGGACCGCAAGGCCUCUCCCCAAAACUCAGAAGAGAUGCAGCUCCUCCAAAUCCGAAGGGAAGGUCCUUGCUUCCGUGAAUGUCCCUCUUGGUGCUGCUGUGGAAAGUGCCGGACGGCAGACGCCUUUUGGGAACAGCUCUGCUGCCGAAAAACGGACGGGGCCUGCAUCGCCACCUCCCCUCUGUUUGAGCAACUUGUCCUCUCCCGACCCGGGCUGGAGUUUGUUCUGCUCUACAGGAACCCCUUGUUGGAUCUGAAGGCUGGGGUUGCCAACAAGCCUUUUCGACACUGUGCUUACGAGCGGUAUAUUCACUGGCGCUUUGGCGAGGGUGACUUGGGUGCCAGGGCUGUGAUCCCCAACUGUUGCAGAUGGAGAAUCAGAGAUGCUUUUCCGAGUGAGAACGGCGAAUACAGCGGUUUUGAGAAGAAGAAGUAACCACCGGUUGCACCUCUGCGUUGCGGCCUUAAGGGUGGAUACACACACGUGCCAAUUAAUCAGCUUUGCCUCCUGCUUUUCAAAAAUGGCCAUUUGUGGCCCUGCCAUCAUCUUUGCUCUUUAACUGGACGAUGUUUUUAGACUAUUGGAUAAGAUCAGAGGACAGCAGAGUUUCGAUCCCAGCUUAGCCAUGAAAAUCCCUGGAAGGCUUUGUGCCUCGUUUCUCUCACUCAGCCUUGUCUACCUCAUUGGGAUAUCCGGAGAGAACCAGGAUUGGAAAAGUCAAUUUACAGGGCUCAGAUUUCUCACAUUUAGGCAGCCAAACUAUGGAAUGAGCCUGCUUGUUUUUCCCCAGAAACCUAGCAGUGGUUUACCCGUGUGAAAUCAGGUCGUUUUGGUUGGCUGAUCCCAACACAGAGCCACCUUUGUUUAAAAACGUCCCUUUGUUUAUUUUAAAAAGAAUCCUUUCUUUAUUUUGUCCUGAAGCUACCUGCACUAUUCUUUUCCCGUAACUCAGCUACCUUUUCAACUUUCUUUUCCCGUAACUCAUUUCUCAGGAAAUGGGGAAAAUCCCUUUUGUUUUCAACAUUGAUAAACCAGAGGGAAUCUUCCCAUUUUAAAUAUCCUUCAAGGAAAGCCUGGAUAUUUUCUGCGCAAAAUGCCUCAGGUUCAGCUCCAGCCUCUCCAUUUAAAAGGGAGGGAGACACAAAGGACAAGGAGGGCAGCGCAGAAAUGCUCUUAGUGCACAGAAUAGGGCUGGGAGAUGCUUUUUCGCUGCCUAGGAAUUCUGUGAAUUGCAGGGAUGCCGUAUCUGGGGAAUUUCUGCCUGGAAAUAACUUUUCCAUUCAGUGUCAUUACUGAACUUUAGUACCUAAAAAGUCUACACAAAAAGAGACUUGGCCCCACAUACUUUUCACGAAUUGCUGUGCUAUGCUUUCUUUUUUAAUCAUUUGGUGGCCUGUUGGCAAAGGAUAGCUCUCUUGUAGUCCACAAGCUGGUCUAGCAAGUUAUUUCAAGUGGGUUCUCUUUAUCAGAAGCAAGGGAGCAAACCUAACAUUUAAGUAGCCACUAACCUUUCCACGCUCAUCUACUUACUUGUUGCAAAAUAAAAUCUAUUUCUUAGCAAUUUUUCUGCAAUUUUCUUUUGAUCUCAUUUUUAUAUAUUGUUGCAGAAUUUAUACUUUUUUUUACAAUACGCUCAUGUGAAUUCUCUGUACAGAUGAAAUUAAAUUUAUAAGAACAAA